UGUCAGGCGCGCUCUGAGGCCCUCCUUCAAGGUGGAGCCGGCGUUUCGUCACGCCCCUCAAAUCAACUUCCGCUCGGGGGAAGUGGCUUCCGGGCUCUUUAGCGCCCUGCGCGGUGCCAUGGCCGAGAAGCAGUCGCUCCGGCUGUUGUGCCUGGCGGGCUUCCGUCAGAGCGAGCGGGGCUUCCGCGAAAAGACCGGAGCUCUUAGGAAGGCGCUGCGGGGCCGUGCCGAGCUCGUGUGUCUUAGCGGCCCGCACCUGGUCGCGGACGCAGCGGGCCCCGAGAGCGUCGGGCCAGAUUCCGGGCCCUGCCUUCCGGAGGAGCAGCCUCGAGGCUGGUGGUUUUCAGAACAGGAGACAGAUGUUUUCUCUGCACUGAAAGAGCCCGCGGUGUGCAGAGGUCUGGAGGAAGCCCUGGGGACGGUGGCACAGGCGCUGACCAAGCUGGGGCCUUUUGAUGGGAUCCUUGGUUUCAGCCAGGGGGCCGCGCUAGCAGCCCAGGUGUGUGCGCUUGGCCAGGCUGGGGAUUCCCGCUUCCCUUUGCCACGGUUUAUCAUCCUGGUAUCUGGUUUCUGUCCCCGAGGCCUUGGCUUCAAGGAAUCCAUCCUGCAGAGCCCCUUGUCACUGCCUUCACUCCAUGUUUUUGGUGACACUGACCGCAUCAUCCCCUCUCAGGCAAGUAUGCAACUGGCUGGCCGAUUUGCUGGAGCCAUCACCCUCACCCAUUCUGGUGGCCACUUCAUUCCAGCAGCUGCACCCCAACGCCAGGCCUACCUCACUUUCUUGGACCAGUUUGCAAAGUGAAAGAUCCCUUACAUCCCCUACAUGACCUUUGGGCAGCUUCUGUAGUCUCUUCCCUCCCCUUUUCUCUACCCUGGAACCUCCACGCUGUUAGUGUUCCUCACCAUCACCAAUUAAGAGACAAAUAUGAAUUCUUUAGAUUCAAAUUUUACAAGCCCGGCUGUGCACUCAAGAAAAAAGGGAGCAGAAGAUCUUAAUGGACUUUCAUCCUAACAUGUGACACACAUGAAAAAGGCCUGUGGAGCCCUAGAUGAAUGGAGGGUGACAUGGGAAAAGUUGGGGCUGGCACCACUGUGACUGCCACACAAUAAAGUGUGAGUUGGAUUUUGAGCAUCUUUUUCCUGAUACACAGAAAAAAAACAUUUUAUAAUGGAAAUAUGGAUUCCUGGCCAUCCACAGAACCAGUUAGGAGCUCCCAGGACAAGUUCAUGCAUAUGUGCAUAUAUACGCUCACAUUUUUGGUGGAAGUUUUAAAAGUCCCAGGCUAAAGGAAAGGAGGCCUCGGUGGCUGAAUCAGGGAAGUAUUUACUUCUGAGAAGUUUUGGGAAGAGAUCACCUGACAAGGCUCUGCCUGGGCCACACUGAGUUUAGGCUUCUAUUCUGAUUCCUGAGAGUUGUGUGCUGGCCUUCUGUCAAACGCUGGCUUCUUGUGUUCUCUGCUUUAACCCACUCUGGGCUGUGAGCUUGAAGGGUGGGAUGGUGCUAGAGUUUGGAUGGAGACCAAAGCGCACAGAAGAAAUCCUUUUCCAAAGUUGACCCCAUUUGCAGCAUUCUGAGAUUGAUGCUACUCUAUAGUGAUCACAGCCAAGGUUAAGUAGCCCAUCUGAUUUGAAGGUGCACUUGCUCCUAGUCACUCUGAAGACUGCCUGCUUUAGCCAUUUCCCCUACUUCCAGUUCUCCCACCUGCCACCCACUGCUGCCUUCUCUGGAAGAUCACACCAGACCUUCAUAGCCCUCAAGCAUUUUUGCCCCCAGGAAGUUUAGUAAUUGAGUAUAAAUUAGAAUUAGGGGUUAUAGCACAAAUACUCCAGCCCAUCCUGAGACAACAGACUAAUAUCCCUUAAAUUGCCUGAAAUUCUGAGUUCUUCAUUACAGAUAGCUACUGUCCAAGAUUAAAAAAAAGCUUGAGUUACCUGCCCAGACAGACCAGUUCACUGGAUUUAGGACCUUUACAGCAGAAGGUGAGGGUGGGGGCAAGUGAUCCCCUGCUUCAAUUUACCUCUGCUUUGCUUUGGUAUUUUAAGGGGACCCUCCCCCCCACCUUGGCUAAACGCAGAGGCUCUGAAAUGGAAUGAAUUACUCCUACAGACCUGUAGAUUUGGCCCAUAGAAUUUUAGAAAAAAUUGGAUUUUAUGGUAGUUAAAAGUUCAGGAAUUUGACACAAAAAUUUGGACUGCUGGCUUCUCUGGAAAUAAGUUCAAAAUGAAAUGCAGUGGACCUGCAAUUCAGGGAUCAUAUGCCCUUGUGGCAAUCGGUCUUUCCCCUGUAGCAAGGUCCCAACAAGUGAAAUUGGUGACUACUUGCAUACCACAGCUGCUGCUACUUGGGAUUAUUGUGAAGACUACAGGAGAGAGGAGAUACAUGGGGAAUGAAAUUUAAGCCAGGGCUUCAAGUUAGAGGGGUGAGGGUAGAGCAGGGCAGUAUAAGGUGGAGCAGAAGUGCUCAUGCUCAGGUGAGAAUUCUGGAGAAUCAAAAUGUCCAAACAAGAAGGAAGCAGGUUAUAUGGUUCACUGGUUCCCAAUAAGUGAUGAUGUCACCUCCUGUCAUGCCCUCCAGUAACAAUGGAGAAUCUUAGGUUUUCUGCCCUCAUCCCCCACAGAGUCUAGUAGGCUAUUUACACAAGGAUGGAGUUAACACUUGGAUUCCUGGGGCCAACUCCAGACCACUGGGACCCGGUGAUCUGCAUAUUGACAAACUGGUUAUUCCCAUGCAACAAUAUUUGAGAAACACUGUCUUAAAGAGGGGAAUAUAGGUUUCGUAAAUAUGAGUUAUUUGAAAACCCCCAUGUGAAUCUCAUGCACUCCACUAGGGAACGGGAGCAAGUUUUCCAAUUAAGAGUAAUUAAUAGUAUUUUCAAUAUAUAAGGAAAAUGAGGUCAAGAGGAUAGAGGAAUACCAUUUUUGAGUGCUAACUAUGCCAGACAUAAGCAGAAGCUUGAGAGUUGCCUAACUGUGCUUCAUAACUAUCUGGUAGAUACUAUUAACCUAAUUUUAUAACUGAGGAAACAGGCACAGAGAGGCCAAGUAACUUACCCGAAGUUGGAUUCAGAUCCAAUAAUUCACAUUCUUCACUUUGACUAGUCAUUGUCCUCUGCUGUACCAGAGAAGAUGAAUGGAAAGGCUACCACCCACUACUGUUAGCUGUAUGUCCCAUCUGGGUCUCACCUUCCUAAUCCAUAAAAUAGUUGGGGGUGGGAUGCAUCAGAUGAUUUUCAAGAUACCAGAAAAUUACAUUUGUCCUCUUUUUUUACCCCCCUGACCACUGUUUCCAGAUGGGUUCAAACUGCAAAUGACUUGGUCUCUUUUCAUAAUCAUCUCUUACCAUUUUUUUUUUAACUUCUUAGUGCACCUUAGAUUCCCAAAUCUCUUGGGGGUAAAGAGUUCCUUAGCAAAGGACCCUCAGCAGACCAGUCCAAGAACUUAUGCUCAGAAAGAUGUGCCACCCACCCACAUUUAUUCUGCCUAAGUGCCCAGAGCUGGAGUCUCCCCAACAACCGCUCCCCCAACAAAGACAUGAUAGCUUAAUAUAUACUUAAAACAGCA